CGAAUAUCUGACAUCCACUUAUUUUCAGCUCCGAGUAUUGAAAACUUGUGCAAAAAUAGGUAUCUGCCUACCUACCUGCCUACCUAGGGUAGUUACAGGAGAGGGUUACAUGCCGAACGGCGAACGCCAUAAGCCCAACACUGAUUCCCCCUGGAUUUCCUCUUGUCAACGUGCAUUUCUCCGGCGGCCUCGGAGCUGAUUUUGAGUUAUGGUGUCAACCCUUCAAUGUUUCAAUAGUAUAUUUCCUCUACUCAACCUCUUCUCAUUCUCUCUCCUCGUUGCUAGAACACGACAACCAAGAAAAUGGAGAGACUCAGCCCAGAGACCUUAUCAGGCCGAAAACGCGACUUCCAUAUUCGGCCGAAGUUACUGGACGUCGUCGAUAGUGUUUCGUUUAACAAUACACCCGGUGCUUUUGGGGUGUUCGAUUUCAGUCUGGCAAACCUCCCUUCCCCGUAUUCUCAGAUUUCUCUGGAACUCUCAGUUAAGGGACCGAGUACGGAUGGACAAGAUAUUCUAUAUUCUGUCCUCGGGCGUUUUCUCGCCAAGACCGAAUCCAAUGUUUGCCCAGACGUCUCAAUAACAGAAGACGACGAGCUCAGAUUGGGACAGCUUGAGACCUCUACGCGCUGGAAUCGAGAUAAAAAGACAGUUACAAUCACAAUCCAAAAUGCUGUCAGCCCCUUCUCUGUCAACAACGGUAGUGAGAACGACACUAGCGAUAUCAAUCUACGUGUUGCGGUCUUGUUGAGGGGUGAGUGGCCCAAUAAAGGUACAAUAAGUGCUGUCUUCAAAGGAAGAAGGCAACAUUUCAAAUUCCGGCGAUUCACCGAUGAUAAGUUAGGCCAGUUUCCAUUAGGUGGAGCACCUAAUACACCUGAAUCUGUGGAAGUUACCCGUCGUAACUUGGUGUCGUGGGCUGCGAUGGUGGGGGAUACAACAGUCCUGGAGAUUUACAGGAACGCACUCUCACAGUACCCGCUCCAAACUCCCCAAGGCACCAAGACGAAGACUCCUUUGAUUUGGGCGGCCCUGUCAGGCUAUCUCGAUGCGGUUAAGUUCAUCAUUCAUAACAUGGAUGUUGUUGAAUAUAAUCAUCAAGAUUCAACUGGAAGAACGGCUUUAUCGUGGGCUGCAGGAAAUGGCCAUGCUUCGAUAGUGCGAUUGCUACAUCCUCUCGUGGAUCCGAAUCUGCAGGACAGUAACGGACUGACACCCCUCUCUUGGGCUGCAAGAAAUGGCCAGCUAAAGGUAGUGAAUACCCUAUUGGAGCACAGCAAGACGGAAGAUCAGCAAUUGGCAAGUGAUAAAACACCACUGGAAUUGGCCGCCCAAAUGGGUCACGAAGAAGUCGUUCGUACGCUCAUUGAAUGGCGUCAUACUCUAUGGUCUGUUCCAAAGAGUGAAGCGCAAACAAAGGAGAACACAAAACUGGUAGAGGAGGAAAUCGCGACACCAAUAAAACUCGCCAUCGAGCAUGAUCACCCUGAUACUGUGCGAACUCUGAUAGAAGCGCGGUGCAAGGCAGCUCCGACUCAAGAUCCCGAAAAAGAUCUAGACCUCAAAGCAUGGCUAUCUAAGUUCCUCCAUACUACCGCCAUAAAGGGGCUGGUAUCUGUUAUGGGAAUCCUCGUCGAACUUGGAGCGGAUGUUGACUAUUUAGAGGAUGGAAAGACGCCGCUGUGUACUGCAGCUGAGUACGGCCACACAAAAAUCAUGGUGCUUCUUCUCAGCAAGGAUGCAAAGGUCGAAUAUGAAUCCCCCGGAAAAGAAAGGGCCAUAUUCUUCGCGGUAAAGAGUGGGAUGGAAGAAGCGACAAGACUUCUCCUCGACUUGGAUGUAAACAUAAAAGGCACCAACGCUUUGUCCCAAAGUCUGGAAGACGUUGCGUUAGAACAUCCCAAGAUUCUAGAGAUGUUGCUUGAAAAAGACAAGGACGGGCGAUUAGCGACAAAUUAUACAGACCUUCAUACUGAUAUCGACAAGAAGUUCCAAGCACACGCUGUAGAUUUCACGUAUGAUUCGGGCGUCUACAAGCCGAAGUCCCGUGUUGUGUCCGUUGACGAACUUCUGGAAAAUGAGUGGGUGAGAAACCCGGAUUACCCACAGGUCAACACCAAUUCAUUCAAGUGGUUUCACCUGCCCGCAAACAACAUGAAAUGGGUCGAGUUUCUCAUCAACCAACUUCAUCAUAACAAUCGAACAACGGUAUAUAAGGUCUUGAAACCAGACCGAUGGGUAAAGCGACAACAUCACGGUUCGGAUAAGACCCCCCAUUCCCGGUUCAUGGAGCCCCUUUGUCAGGCAUUUGACUUGGAGCAAUUUUCAUCUUCAACCAAGUCGUGUUAUGAUAAGAAUCUCGUUACGUUUAUGCCAUAUUUACAUUGGGAUCGUAACGUGUCUGUUGUCAAAAUGAAGCAAAUUGUUGACGGCGAGGAAGAUCAAACACCACAACCUGAUUGGACAAAUGACCAGAAGCUUGUAUAUCACUAUACAACCAAGACUGACUCACCUCUCCAUUCACUACACGUACGGCGGACAUUAGAUCAGUACUAUUACCACAGCUUUAGCAACACUGAUGAGAGGGACCAAGACCAGACUGUUCAACGCUACCAAAGAGCCCAAGGAUACGAAAAAGAAAAAGAAGUGACAGUGAUGGUUGACCAGCUCUGGCUUUGGGUCCUUGUAGGGCCUUCGUCGGAGAAAGCAGAUACAAUAAUUACAUGUUUCCCGAACCGAGACGUUUCGAAUAGCAAGGCCAAUUCCGUGAUAGACCCUGGCGGCUUAACAGACCCCGUUCGGAAUGUCAUGCGGUACAUGGCCAAUGAGCCACAGGCAGUACAGAGUGUCUACGACCUUGCAGGCAUUAUUGCUAGCAGGUGUUCGAGGACAUUCAUCGAUUCGUCUAGAGCAGAGAAAUGUCUACAGUUUCCCGAGAUAUACGAAAAUUCUAUUCGGAAAAUUAUGGACGAAGAAGCGCAACUAUUUAAAAGAUUUAAAAACGUGGUUGAGGAGUCCAAAUCGAGCGAGAUGCUUCAAGGCAACGGCGAACUUGGCAUUUCAUUCGAAAUUUCCUUGCUCCAAGAAAUCAAGGAUAUACAAGACGAGUUGAGUAUCAUUAUGAUGACAUUUGAGGAGCAAAAGAGAGUUCUCGUAACCAUGGAGAGAAUCAUUCACUUCAUGGACAGAGCUCCGUCGUCUGGGAAUGAAAUUCCCACGAAUAUCACCAAAAAGGACAGGAUACAUGAACCUAAGCCACUUAAGCGCACUAACAGUCAAGCUUCAGAUCGAACUGAUAUGGAAUGUGAUGAAUCCUGCCUCUCUGAUUCUGAGAGUUUAAGCAGAGAAGAGGAAGAUGAGAUCAAUGGUAACAGGCGUAACGAAAAUCAUCCAGCAAGUGAAAUUUGGGGCACAAGCCAUGACUUAAGAUACUCCAGCCAUCCGCUCCGUGCAGUCCAGCAAAGUAUAGACAAAAUCAAAGGCAUAGCUCAGCGAGCAGAAAAGACAUAUCAAGCGCUCAACUUCCUUGUGGACUUGAAGCAGAAACAAAGCAACGUGGUCGACGCUCAUUUUACUCGAAAGCAGACCGAGCAAUCAGUCCUCCAAGCUGAGUGGUCAAAUAAAAUGACGGCAGAAGCGCAAAAGCAAGGACAGGCUAUCAUGACAUUUACCAUAAUCACCAUUUUUUUCCUCCCGAUGUCAUUCCUGUCCGCAUUUUUUGCAAUCAAUAUUACCGAGUUUCGUCGUGAAGAGGGAGGUACUCUCGGCUUGGGCUAUGUCUCGGAAAUCAUAUUUCCAAUCUCGAUAGUAAUUUCGGGAAUCUGUAUUUUCAUCGCCUUUCGCGGAAAUGGUCGCGGUAACAAACAGAGGAACGCACAAAACCCGAAAGCUUCUUCCAAGGAUGAUAAGGGAGGGAUGUCGUCAAUUAAAACUGUGGCAAGUUCUCUUGCACGGUUGCGGAAACCAUCCACCCUAUACGAGGACAAUUACAGCGAUAAAGCAUAGACACUUAAUACCUCACGUCUAUACCAGCGAUUAUCAUUGGAUCGUUCAAUCUCUCGAGGUGGAUAUGGAAUGUGUUGUCAAAAAGCUUCUUAUUAGCUACCUAAUUAUCGGUAAUUCGUUGAUCUAAGUUUGUUUGUUAGACACUUGAGGAUCUUCA